AGUCCCCCCGAACAGUUGUGGAUUCAACUGUCGAGUUGAGAACCACGCUGCCGGACCAUAGCGACCGGUGCCAGCCACCAAGCUGUCGUCACGCGCCGUUCUACGUACAUGAAUGCAACAUCAUAACCCUGUUCAACCGCCCCAGCCUACUUACUGUUCCUCCAAACCAUACCACACCGUCCAGACCAUACUACACCUCCAAACCACACUACACCUCCAAAGCAUACCAUGCACUCCAAACCACACUCUUGAAUACUGAGCUGAUCGGCUCGCGAUGUCCUCUGUCAAUUUGACGGGGUCGCAAAUACAUUAUAAAUCCCGAUCCGAUUCCACUUACAGUAUGUGCACCGAGUAAUAUAGCGAACCAUUCUAUUUGCGAUCAUGAGCACGAGCACCGGAGAAGAAGGGUUCUGCAUCUAUUGUGGUCAUGCUAUGGAUGGCCACACCAAAGCGAACCUCUCGAAAUGUAAGCGGUGCAAGAAACGCGUCCUUGUCUGCCAGGUCACUGUACACGACUCUGGUGCCGGGUGGAGAAUAUGCCACGUCCCAUGCCGCUGUGGCGAGAAACACUUUCCAAGUACAGCCAAAGCUGCCCGCCAUUUAGAGCCAACUGAGUUUGCGUCGAGCCAUCCAGACUAUCAAUCCCCGGAAGAGGCCGGCGACCCAGAAGCAAGUUAUGAGCAGACAACGGCUUUCCCGGACAGCAGUGCUAUUGCAAUGCCCGAGGCUGAAUCCUCACGAUCCACAGCCAAUCAACAAACGGCACACUCGUCACAUCGACGCACCUAUUCAGCGGAGUCGGUGGAUCAACUCCAGUGGGAUUCGGCGCGUUUGGCGGAGGAGACCGUUGUAGCUGGCAUGACUAGUCUUGCGAUUGAUGACGCCACGGCAGAGGCGGAUAUUGUGAAAGUAAAGGCACGCUAUACGAAGGAGGGCAAGGUGCAGUUCACCACCGUUUCAGGGCAAACCAUCAGAACACCAGGGGAUUAUUGGAUAGCAACCGACAAAGGGUACGAGUUUGAGUACGAAGGGAUUCUGUAUUUCGCGAAGGAGAUCAAGCGUGCAAAGAAAUGAGGCAAGAGGCUCAUGGAAUCGUGUAGGGCAGUGGUAGGCUCUGUGGGGCGUGUACUCCGUACCAUUCAACUGGCAUUGCACGCCGUUCAUUCUCUCCGGGCCG